AGUAUGUAAAAUAAAACAUCAAAAUCGAACAUUAAGAAGUGAAGCAACUGCAUGUAAGUGGUGGCGCAGCUGAGUAGUGAUGCGCUGCUCGCUCUUGUUGUGGAGUCUGGUGGUGUAAUCAAUCCGCGCGUUCUUGCAGUGGCUGACAACAAGGAGAAAUGAGCAGUUCACAAGCUUCUCAUUCCCUGGCAUUUAGGGUGAUGAGACUAUGCAGGCCGUCUCUCCACGUCGAAACCCCUCUCAAAUUCGACCCCUGCGAUCUCCUCUUCGGCGAAGACCUCUUCGACCACCCUCCUGCCGCCGCUCACCUCCCUCGUCUCCUCUCCGACUUCGCGGACUCUUCUUCUUCCGAUCUCACUUAUCGCUCCCGAUUCCUUCUCUCCCACCCUUCCGACUCCCUCGGCCUCUCUGCUCUCCUCGUCCUCCCCCAGUCCUUUGGGGCAAUAUAUUUGGGAGAGACAUUUUGCAGUUAUAUUAGUAUAAAUAACAGCUCGAAUUUUGAAGUCAGGGAUGUUAUCAUCAAGGCAGAAGUCCAGACAGAGAGACAGAGGAUACUGCUCUUAGAUACAUCAAAAUCACCUGUAGAAUCCAUACGUGCUGGAGGGCAUUAUGAUUUCAUUGUGGAACAUGACGUAAAAGAACUUGGUGCACAUACGUUGGUUUGUACAGCUCUUUACAGUGAUGGUGAUGGGGAGCGUAAAUAUCUUCCUCAGUUUUUCAAAUUCAUUGUUGCAAAUCCACUUUCAGUCAGAACAAAGGUUCGGGUUGUCAAGGAAACUACUUUUUUGGAGGCUUGUAUAGAAAAUCAUACCAAAUCAAAUCUCUUUAUGGACCAAGUAGAGUUUGAGCCAGCUCAAUACUGGAGUGCUACAUUACUUCAGGCUGAUGAUAAUUGUUCAGAAAAUGAUUCAUUAACUAGGGAAUUAUUUAAGCCACCUACACUUAUCAGAUCUGGAGGAGGAAUUCACAACUAUCUGUAUCAAUUGAAAUCAUCCGUACAGGGACAGCCACAAAUGAAAGUUGAGGGAAGUAAUGUCCUUGGCAAAUUUCAGAUAACAUGGCGAACAAAUCUGGGUGAGCCUGGUCGCCUGCAGACGCAACAGAUUCUUGGUAGCCCUGUAGUACACAAAGAUAUUGAGUUGCAGGCUGUGGAGGUACCAUCUCUUGUCAUCUUCGAGAAGCCCUUCUUGUUGCGCUUAAAUCUCACAAAUCAGACAGAUAGGAUACUAGGCCCCUUUCAAGUUUGGUUGUCGCAAAGUGAUUCUUUUGAUGAGAAGGCUGUUUUGGUCAAUGGCCUUCAGAUGAUGCCUUUGGCGGAGGUGGAAGCAUCGAGUUCUUCUGAAUUCCAACUGAACUUAAUAGCAACAAAGCGCGGAAUUCAGAAAAUCACUGGAAUUACUGUGUUUGACACACGGGAGAAGAAAACUUACGAGUCCUUGCUAGAACUAGAGAUAUUCGUGGAUUCAGACUACACCUGAGCUCUUGUGCCUCCGGUUUGUUCACAGGAUGUGCUCUAACUUGCGUUGUGAGCUUUCAUGAGAGCUCUGCUUGGUAUAUUGUGCCCUUUGAGUCGGCGAGCUCGUCGGACUAUGAGGCCCGGAUACUACACCAUUUCGGCGCUGAUGCCUAUUUAUGAUUGGCCCCGUGAACUUUGUGACCUUCCGUUUGAAGCAUUAUAGUGGAUGAAGGAAAUGAUCUUCUUGACAAGAAAUGUCUUCACCAGUCGUAACUGUAUACCACAUUCUACAUGGAUUUUGCUUCUUUGCUUGUAUACUAGUUUAGAAAAAAAUAAUAUAACGUCAAUUGACUCUGGACAUUUUUUUGUCUCCCUUUCUCCUUUUACAAGAUCAAUAUGUUCCUGUAAGAACUUCUCCAUUUUUUUUUUAA